UUUCCUUUUACGAAAUACAAGCUCAGAGAUUCCCCUGCGUUUUUGGGACAGAAAUUAGGGUUAGGGUUUUCUUCAACGGUUAAUUGGUGAUCGAUUUCCGAAUUCUAGUUCCGGGACGACGAGGGUUUUGAUUUGGGGGAAUUUAGGGUUAGGGUUAGGGCUUUUCUUACCGGAUUAUUGGAGAUCAGACUCUGGAUUUCUCGUUUAUUUGAGAAUUUGGGUUGCGAUUUUGGGGAGUUUGAGAGUUUGUGUGAGGGUUUCUUGAAGAUCGGAAGGAUUUCGGUUUCUUUACCUUUGAUUUGGUUUCGCAGCAAAGAAUCGAGGGUUUGAGUGCCGGAGAUGAACGAUCCGUCACAGAUGAUAAGCCGGAGCUAUGGGAUCUGGCCGCCGGCGGCGGCGAUGGAGGAUCCGAUGGGGUUUCAAAACCCCCGUCCGAUGGUGUUCACAGCUGGUGCCGGGUUGAUGCCGGGAAGGAUGAAUUGGAAGGGCAAGAAGGUCGCGGACAAGCGGAUGAAGGGUGGGUCAGCGGUGGGGACAGGUCUUGGCCUCGCCGGCGGUGACGGUGGAGGUCCGGCCGGGUAUAAGCCUCCGACGCUAAACGAGCUGCAGUCCCAGAACAGGGCCAAAGCACGGAGGUUCUAUCCCAAGAAGAAGUUCGGCAGGAGCGCACCGUACGCGCCGAGGAACACGACGUCGUUCAUCAUCCGAGCGAAGAAGGCCGGUGGGAUCACGUCCUUAGUGUCACCAUGCCCGGUGACACCGGCGAUCCUACCUACGCCGAAGUUCUCGCCUUCACGAGAGGGGUUAGUGGACAUGGCGAAGGAGGAGUGGGGAGUUGAUGGAUAUGGAUCAAUGAAAGGAUUGAUCAGGCUACGAUCGCCGACAAGGGUGAACGGAGAGGAGGAGGAGGUGGAGGAAGGGGAAGGGUCGAGUGAGAGUGAUGUGGAGGAGCAUUUGGAGGUGGAGAGGAGAUUGGAUCAUGACUUGAGUAGGUUUGAGAUGGUGUACCCGAGCACGGGGGAGGAGGCCGGGGCGGCAGCGGCGGCGGCGUAUGUGCUGGAGAAUAGAGUGGAUGAUCAGGAUACACACAUUGCGCAAUUGGAAGAGGAGAAUUUGACACUAAAGGAAAGGCUUUUCUUGGUAGAAAGGGAGAUGGGAGAGGUGAGGAGGAGGUUGAAUAGGUUGGAAACUGAGUUUUUGAGGAGAGAGGAGAAGAAUGAUGAUAACCGUAGUGAGGAUGGGAAGGAGGAGAAGAAGAAUGAGAAUAUGGAAAGGGAUGGAGAUGGGGAUGAGAAUGUGGUGGUGGUGGUGGUUGGGGGAGAUGAAGAGGAGGAUGUUUGUUCAGAGAAGAGUGUGGGGGAUUGUGAGGAGAGUGGGCAUGGGACACCAACCAGGGAGUAGUGAGAGAGAGAGCUCACUUUAUGAGCAGGUGAUCACUUUGGGAAUUGUUGAUCUUCUUCUUCUACUACUACUACUACUACUUCUACUUUUGUGGAGAUGGAGAAAUGGUGCUUAUCUUGGUACUUGUUCUUGUGUAGAGAGGUAGAGAAGAAGAGAUGGUGCUCACUUUGUUUUUCUUGUUGUUUUUCUGUAGAGAUUUAUCAGUUAGUACUUAGUAGUACUACUUGUGUUUUUUUUUUCUUUUAUUUUAUUUUGUGGGGUGAGUAAAGUAGGUGGGUUGCAGUGUUUUGUAGGAAGGUUGGGUGGCGGUGGUGGUAAUGAUGGGGAAGGGGGGGUUGUAAAGGGGAAUCAUAUAAACCUUCUUGUUUUGUUUA